UGCUACUGAACAUUCCAGAAAGCAAAUGACGAAGUACACCUGCUGGUUACUCAUGGAGCCUAUAAAAUGGAAGUCCCAUCACCCACGCCAUGGAAGCCAAUUUGCUAACUCAACAGCACAUCCAGAUAAGUUCGAUCCCGUAUCCCCUACCUUCCUUCAGCAACAAAAGAACACAUGGCUCGCGCCAUGGCCGCCGUAGCUGGCAACAACGGCGAGGUGAGGGUGGAGAAGGUGGACAAGAUCGGGUACGUCUACAACGCCGUCACCAGACCUUCGGUUUACGCCAACAGGGGGCCGGCGACGGUGACGAAGAAGCUGGCGGCCGCCAACGUCGCCAUCUCCAGGAAGAACAGCGGGACGACCCUGGUCCGCGGCGUCGCCUCGCCGGAGGACAUCGACGAGUACAUCGCUAGGAAAAAGAGGGAGUUUGUCCUAGGACUGUAGCUCGAACUGAUUAUCUCAGCCCAAGAUGAGAUGAUGAUUACAAUGCAUGAUUGCAUGAUUUAUAGACUGCUCUAGUUAGUUAUGUGAGCUUCUUCUUAAAAGGCAUUACAUGUACAUAUGUAUGGAAGUUGAAUACGCAUAAACUUCAGUUGGUGUAUCGUAAUGUUUCAGCAAGUAAAUUUCUCCAAGUAAUCUUCUUUCUGCUUUUCGAAAAUGGAGUCUUCUUCUUUA